UCGCAGAGCCAAUUGGGGGACGAUUCUGGCGGCCGGGGCGGUGCCGCUGAGGGGAGACCUCGGGAGUGGCGGUUGUUUCAAGAUGGCGGAUGUGACGGCAGUCACUGGUUCGGGGGUCGAGGCGUACUGGAGCCGGGACCUUUCUGAUGAGGACCAUGCAGUGCUACAUAAUUCAGGAAUUUCUGCAACUGGAUAUAGUAAAGCAAAACACAAGUCAAAAAUUUCCAAAAUUGCUGUUAAACUAAAAGCUUCCAAAGCAGCUGAGGCUUCUGCCCCCAUGGAUCCUUUCAGAGGUGCAGGAGAUUCAGUACAUAAAGAGACCGUUCACAAUGGAGGAAUGAAGAGUGCCUGCUUGAAGGACUUAUGUCCUGAAGACAAAAGGCGUAUUGCAAACUUAAUUAAAGAACUUGCCAGGGUAAGUGAGGAAAAGGAAGUGACUGAAGAACGCCUAAAAGCUGAACAAGAGUCAUUUGAGAAGAAGAUCAGACAGCUAGAAGAGCAGAAUGAGCUUAUCAUCAGAGAAAGGGAAGCCUUGCAGCAACAGUAUAGAGAGUGCCAGGAACUUCUGAGUCUUUAUCAGAAAUACCUUUCUGAACAGCAAGAGAAGCUUAGUCUGUCCCUUUCAGAGGUUGGCACUGCUAAAGUGAAGGAGCAGCAACAGGUGCCCAACAAGAAGGGUUCUCCCAAUUCUCUACAUCAGGAGCAGAAUGGUCACUAUAGGAACCUCACAAUUUCACAAAUCUAUCAAAGCAAGAAUGAGAUUAAAUUUCCAAACCAGAGCUCAGCUUCAGAAACAAAUCUACCCUUCAGGAAUUAUUAUCCCAGGAUAGCAGCUCUUCAUCCUCCCCAAGAGGGUCUUAGUAGGGAACGUUCAGAAGCAAGAACAUGUAACUACAGGUCCCCACGAGCAAAGCUGUUGGGCUCACUUUUGACAGAGAGAGUCUCAGCAGAUGAAAUGAGACCCAAGGAGUUUUCGUUCAUCCAGCCUUACAUCAGUAGUCAUUGCUUUGUUCACAAUCAUCCUGAAAAUGAAGAUCACAUUCACGGAAACCAUCAGCCAGAAAUGACCAGACAGCAUCCCAGGACACAUCAACAGGAAUCACACAAUUAUUGUGAGCUUUCCUGGACACCUAUGCCUCGUGUACCAGUGACAUUAGAGCCUGAGGAAAUGGAGGACAAAAAGCAGAUGUCAAUAGAGAAGAGAAAUCAACUUCUCCUGCAGAAAAUGGAGUUGGAGAUUGAAAAGGAGCGCCUGCAGCAUCUGCUGGCCCAACAGGAAACAAAACUUCUAUUGAAACAGCAGCAGCUCCACCAGUCCCGCCUGGAUUAUAGUCGGUUAAAAAGUCAGGCUGCAUUUAAUUCAAGAGAUACUGCCAUUGAUGAAGCACUUGGUAAAACCCAAGAAAUGAAUCUUUCAGUGAAUGGAAUUGGUACGAGACUAAGCUUACUGAAGUCGGAGUGUGAUGAUUACCUGUUGAGAACAUCAUCGUCCAGCAAAGGGAACAAAUUGCUCAGUCCCAGUGAAGGGAACAGUACGGGGAAGAAAACAGUUGGAUUUCGAUCAACUAUAGAGGAAGGUGCCCUUUGGAUGUAUCAAAAGAAUGAUAUGAACCAAUCCAGAAGAGGGGCAGGGUCGGGAGCUAGAAAAGAUGCAACCACAUCUCCUAUAAUGCCAGUCAACCAAAAAGAGUUUAUAACCACAGCCACGUCACCAUUCCAACAUGACGCUGCCAGGUACAAUACCUCCCUGUUGGACUUGGUCCAUUCCCUGAGUCCCAGCUCUGCUCCUAGACCACGGCCAUCUCUCUCAAGGGAAGCUUUUGCCUGGAAUCACAGACCAGUCCAGGUUGGCCCUCGAAAGCUAGCCUGGGCCUCAAGGGCGUGUAGUUCAAAUGAAGAUCUGGAAGAGAAUCGGAUCCUAGAAGACAUUUUCUUCAUUUGAUGCUGGAGCACAAGCUACAGAAUUUCCACAGGAGUUAGGAAUUUAUGUCCCUGUCUCUGAAGUGGAUUUGUUUCUCCACAAAAAUCAUUUUAAAUUAUUUGAUUGAAAAUUAACUGUCACACCUUUCAUAAGGAUCCAUUUCACUAGCAUCUUGACAAAUUUGAAAUUAAGAGAUCAUGCUAGUAAUCUAAAGUUUGGUCAGUCCAAUCAAAAUGUAUUAUAUUUAAAAAAUAGAAUUUCAUAUGCUAAGAAUGAUAGAAAAUUAGCACAAGACAUUAGAAUCUAUUGCAUAUCCAGCCUCAUUUCCAGAAUGUAUUUCUCCUAUACACAAAGAGAAAGUUCGGUUUUGUUCAAACAUCAUUCUUUAAUUAAAAAGCAUUUUUAUAACAGGUUAUUCUAAAAGGACAGGCUCUUUUACAUUCUCUGUUUCUCUCAUCACCAGCUGGUAUUCAUCAAGUCAGAGUUUCUUAGCCUUAGAAAAAGAGGGUUCCCUUUCUUAUUCCCAGCAAUACUAAAGGACAAGCCCUAAGAAAGCUCAGCAGGAAAUAGCCUGUAAAUAUCUGCUAUCUGCCAAGAGCAACCCAUAGGAAUAAAUGAGGAAAGAAUAUGUCAGUCUUCUGAAAUACAUGAUAAUAUAUGAAUGGAUGCUAUAUAGAAAACUAGAAGCAUUAGAUGGUUGCCACUGAAGGCAGGGGGAAAAUCUGAAGAGGAAAUAAAUCUGAAGCAAUUUUCCUACCAGUUUACACUAUUUGGUGGUCACUACAGUUUUCCAUGGGCAUUAUAUAAGACUAAUCUCUUUAUAUAUAAUUUUUUUAAAUUGGAAGUCUCUAGGAUAUAAUUUCCCCACCAGUAUUUAAUUAUGCACAUAGAAUCUGUUUGAACUCAAUCAGAUGUUCUCUUAUAUGCUUCAUGCAUUUGUGUAAGGGAAGAUGAUAUAUAGGUAGAAAAAUGGCAGCAGAGUUCUAAAGGUUGAGUGGUUCCAUCUAUCCCUAUUGUAAGGUUAGCAUUUCCAUGCUCCCCCCUCCCCCAAUCAUGGACAUCUGUGAUAGGGAAGUUCAAAUAUUGCAUUGUAGGGACUCUGAAUCCCUAUCAGAUAUCCAAAGAACCUAUUUACCAGGCUUACCUCUGUACCACACAGAGACCUCUUAUACUUCUAACUCUACCUUUCAUUUGCCCCAAAGUGAGUUAAGACCAAGUCUCUGUAGAGUAGCAUUGGCAGCUAAAAUUAAGCUUGUUAGCUGUGCAGAGGCCUUACUCUGACUAUAGUUCCAGAUUUAUAAAACUGAUUAUUGGAAAGAUCUCUCUGAAUUCUCAGUUUUAAUUUCCUCUAUUCUACUAUGUUGUGGAUCUGAAGUAUUUGGAACUAGGCAGGUGCCUCUAAGUGGUUUGAUUGGUAAUGUGAGACCAAAGCUAUUCUAUUUGAACUUAUCCCUUCUGGUUGGAUCCCCAGGCUUGACUUCAUUUUCCUGUGCUUUAGAGAGAUGAGAAUACAAAAUUUUAUUUCUUCCAUAUUUUUUCAUAUGCAUUAAAUUUGUAACCAGGAUUUCCUCUUCUCUCACCUUCCCACCCCCAGAACUUUCCUCAGAUGCAGCUCCUCAUAUGAAAAGCUGAAAACUUGUUUUGACCACAGAAUAAAAAGUCACUUAUGUUAAAGAAAUC